CUCGUAGGUUGGUACUUGAUUCGGUUCUAAAUUGAAAGAAAAAAGUUCAAAUAAUAGCUAUUCGUUGUGAAAUUUUUCAGCCAUGGCGGCGCAUAUCUUAAUAAUGAAGUUAUUUUGUUUAUUACUACUAUUGAUAUUCAUAAACAUCCGCGACAUUGGAGGAAGUGGCAUCCGAAUACCCUUAUCAAUAUACGAGCCUGAAGGACACGAACACGAUAGAAUCUUUCAUGGAACUAUUUCAAUUGGAACUCCGCCACAGAAAUUCAACGUAUUAUUUACUACACAAUAUAGUAUAAAUAUUGUGCUCUCAAUAAAUCAUUGUAACCGUUCAGCUGAUUGUGAUUGCCAAAAUCACGCGACUUAUAACCACACGACUUAUAACCACAAAAACUCGAAAACUUUCCAAUGUGAAUAUGAUUUUGAUACAAAAAUUUUGGAAGAUUACGAGGGGACUCUAGUAACUGACACAUUUACAAUAGAUAAUAUCCAGAUACAAAAUGUAUCGUUUUAUGCAGCUGCAUGCAACAUGCUUAUCAAGCAUCAACCAUAUGAUGGUAUUGUAGGAUUGACUUAUGAUGGCUUACUAAAACACUGCAAAACACUUGGAUUGAAGAAUAAAUUCUCAUUGUACACCAAUUAUCCUUGGGACAAUAGUACCUCUGAAUUGAUAUUAUGUGGCGAAGACAAGACAAAGUUUCGGGGUAACAUGCAUUAUACUAAAACUUAUCCACAGAAUGCAGGAUGGAUGAUUAGAACGCAAGGUUUAUUUUUGCAUCGUAACGGAGAAAGUGUUCGAACAAUGGAAUUCUUAGGUGAGAGGUUUUUAGUUCAACCCGACCACCCAUAUAUUACAGGGCCAAGUGAGGACAUGAAGAAAAUCCACAAAGCGUUACACACAACAACAUCACAAAAUGGGAAUUUACAGCAGGUUGACUGCAAAACCGUUCAUACGUUACCGGAUAUCACGUUCAGAAUUGAUGACAAGGAUUUCACUCUUACAGGAAAUGAUUACAUCCAACAGUUGACGCAAAAUGAUCAACAAGUCUGCGUAGUUCGGUUGAUAUCAUUUGAUGCCACAACUUAUUGGAUUAUGGGAAACGUUUUUACCAGAAAGUUUUACACCGUGAUCGAUGCGGAGAAUGAGAGAGUUGGAUUCGCCGAAGGAAUUCAUGGGAAUAGACCUGCUCAGAUAAUGAUCUUUUUUUCUUAACUGGACGAUGAAGUUCACCAUUAAUAGGUAAGCACCUAAUGACAACUAAUAAAAUACUUGUCAAGUAAAAUAUAAAAUCAAAUGGCGUCCUUCAAAUCAUAUUUUUCGUAAUUCGGCCAUUUGUUUCUCUGAUACUGCUUCUACUGCAAUUUUAAAUAUAGAUAGUUCUCUUAAUUACUGUAUUUUUUGUGAUUUAAGUAUAAAGUAAUAAGUACGAUAUAUGAUAUCUCCUUAAACUAGACGUUUGUUUACUUUUUAAGAAAAUCUAUGCAAUAAGGUAGGUAUAGUAUGUACCUACCUACAUACCUAAACCUAUAGGUACCUAUUGUAUUUGUAUCAAAUUAAUAAAGUAAUUCUAAUAAUA